AGUAGGUCUAAUAAAUGUCAGGUCAUGUGUGGAUUUACAUAAUCACUAGAUUGCCAAAAGUACUGGGCCCGCCCUCCCCAUUCAGGUGCUCCAAUCCUGAUUCAGGUGCUCCAAUCCCCUCCCAAUCCUGCUUCAGGUGCUCCAAUCCCCUCCCAAUCCUGAUUCAGGUGCUCCAAUCCCCUCCCAAUCGUGAUUCAGUGUUCCAAUCCCCUCCAAUCGUGAUUCCAAUCCCCUCCCAAUCAUGUGAUUCAGGUGUUCCAAUCCCCUCCAUGGACACAGGUGUAUACAAUCAAGCCCCUAGGCAUGCAGACUGCUUCUACAAACAUUGGUGAAAGAAUGGGUCGCUCUCAGGAGCUCAGUGACUCCAAGCGUGGUCCCGGGAUAGGUGGCCACCUGGGCAAUAAGUCCAUCCGUGACAUUUCCUGGCUACUAAAUAUUCCACGCUCAACUGUUAGUGGGAUUAUAACAAAGUGGAAGCAACUGGGAACAACAGCCACUCAGCCACCAAGUGGUAGGCCACGUCACAUGACAGAGCGGGAUCAGCUGAAGCACACAGUGCAGAAGUCGCCAACUAUCUGCAGAGUCAAUAAAGACCCC